AUGUGCAAGUUUUCCUACAUAAAAUCUAGAUAUAAACCAUAUAUCUGAGGAAAUACCAAUUCUCAUGAGUGAAGAUGGGUUUGAGGAGCUACCAUGUACAGGAACAAAACUUUUGCUUCCAAGCUGCUCCUACCUUCAUUGAAUGGCUCAAACCCUCCUCUAAUUCAGCCUCUCCUCCUUCUUCAUCACUAUGUAAUUCAUCUCCAUCUUCUUCUUCUUCUUCUUCAUCAUCUGAUUCUCUGCCUCAACAAAUUCAGUUCACAAACUCCAUGAACAUCUUGAAACUUCCUCUGUCAUUCGAGCAGCAGGACAUCCAAUGCUUGCCUCUGUUGAGCAGGCUUACAGAGAAGAAGCUAUUGAAGGAGGAAGAUCAAGGAAUUCAAGUAAAAGAAGAGAAGACGGAUAAAGUUGCAAUCUCCUUGCACAUUGGAUUGCCUAACACAGUGGAUGAUGCUAUUGUGGAGAACAGCAGGAUCAUAUUCAAAGAAGAAGAAGCACCUCCCAUGAAGAAAAGAUUCCUCGGAGAUUCUUUCAACACAGAAAGAAGGUUUUGGAUCCCAACUCCGGCACAGAUCUUAGUUGGUCCGAUGCAGUUUGCUUGUUCCAUCUGCAACAAGACAUUCAAUAGGUACAAUAACAUGCAGAUGCAUAUGUGGGGGCAUGGCUCUGAGUAUAGAAAAGGGCCGGAUUCACUUAAAGGAGCACAGCCAGCAGCAAUGCUUAGGCUGCCCUGCUAUUGCUGUGCUCAAGGAUGCAAGAACAACAUUAACCAUCCACGCGCAAAGCCAUUGAAGGACUUCAGGACACUGCAAACUCAUUACAAAAGAAAGCAUGGUGCCAAGCCCUUCAUGUGCAGGAAAUGUGGCAAAAGCUUUGCUGUUAAGGGAGACUGGAGAACUCAUGAAAAGAAUUGUGGAAAAUUAUGGUACUGUACCUGUGGCUCAGAUUUUAAACAUAAGAGGUCACUGAAAGACCACAUUAGGUCCUUUGGCAAGGGACAUUCUCCUCACCCCUCCCUUGAAGGGUUUGAAGAUGAGAAGGAAUGCAUCAGUACUGGCUCUGAAGAUGAAUUUGGUCAUGAGGUAGUUGGAAUUUGAUAUAUUUGGUAUUUUAAAGUACUAAUUAGUUGCAAGAGUUGUUAGGUUCGUCCAAAGCUCGUGCUCGGUAACAAAAAAUUCUCACAAACGUGUGCUAGUCACGAAGGGAGCGGUUUGCUAUGGAGCACUUGCUGGAAGACGCCUUAGUAACUUAGGAGUGUUUAAUUAGGAGUCAAGUAUUAAAUAAUGGGUUGCCUCAAGUGGUGAAGUUGAAGAAUUUUCUCUCCAAAAUGAUGCAGAAGGGGCGGGUAUCAUAGUGCGUUCAAGCUUUACUAUGUUACCUGUCUCAAAAGGAGAAAAUUUAUCUGCUUCACUGCUUAAUGGUCAUUCCAAUAUGCAUUAGCGAUUGCAUUUUGUUUAUUUUCUAUAGGCAUUAUGGUUUCCCUUAUCCCUCUGUGUAUUUUGGUUCAUAAAUCUUGUUUUGAACCGUAAAAUGGAAGUCAACUUUCUUUUU